UAAGAAAUUGGGAGCGGAUGUGAUUAUCAAGGUUUCACACAAGAUGGAAGAUGUGGAAUCUGAGGUGGAAAACAUCAAGGCCGCUAUGGGAGUCGGAAUCGACGUCUGCUUGGACUGCGCCGGUUUUAAUAAGACAAUGUCCACCGCCCUUCGCGCAACCUGCUCCGGCGGCAAGGUUUGCCUCGUCGGCAUGGGCCACUGCGAAAUGACAGUCCCCCUCACUCCUGCAGCAGCAAGGGAGGUGGAUAUAGUGGGGAUAUUCAGGUACAAGAAUACAUGGCCACAGUGCAUAGAGUUUUUGAGGAGUGGGAAGAUUGAUGUGAAGCCACUGAUCACACACAGGUUUGGGUUCACACAGAAGGAGGUUGAAGAGGCAUUUGAAACCAGUGCUCGUGGUGGCAAUGCUAUCAAAGUCAUGUUCAAUCUUUAGAGUUUAGAUUCAUUAUUGCCAUUCAUCAAUAACUUAGCUAGAAAUAGUCUAAUGUAGUAGUUAGACUUAUAUUUAUG